GCGGCUGGGCCUCGAGCGCCCCGCAGCCCGGCUCUCGGGGGCGGGAGAAGAUGGAGGAGCUCGUGGUGGAAGUGCGGGGCUCCAAUGGCGCUUUCUACAAGGCGUUUGUGAAAGAUGUUCAUGAAGAUUCAAUAACGGUUGCAUUUGAGAACAAUUGGCAGCCGGAGAGGCAGAUUCCGUUCCAUGAUGUGCGGUUUCCACCACCUGUGGGCUAUAAUAAAGAUAUCAAUGAAAGUGACGAGGUGGAGGUUUAUUCCAGAGCAAAUGAAAAAGAACCUUGCUGCUGGUGGUUAGCUAAAGUGAGGAUGAUAAAGGGUGAGUUCUAUGUGAUCGAAUAUGCUGCCUGCGAUGCCACUUACAAUGAAAUUGUAACAAUUGAACGUUUAAGAUCCGUGAAUCCCAACAAACCUGCCACUAAAGAUACUUUCCACAAGAUCAAACUGGAUGUGCCAGAAGACUUACGGCAAAUGUGUGCUAAAGAAUCUGCACAUAAGGACUUCAAAAAGGCAGUUGGUGCCUUUUCUGUAACUUACGAUCCAGAAAGUUUUCAACUUGUCAUCUUGUCCAUCAGUGAAGUUACUGCGAAGCGAGCACACAUGCUGAUUGACAUGCACUUUCGGAGCUUGCGCACUAAACUCUCCCUGAUACUGAGGAAUGAAGAGGCAAGCAAGCAACUGGAGAGCUCAAGGCAGCUUGCCUCCAGAUUUCAUGAACAGUUUAUUGUGAGAGAAGACCUGAUGGGCCUGGCGAUUGGUACUCACGGUGCUAAUAUUCAACAAGCGCGCAAAGUGGCAGGGGUCACUGCUAUUGAUCUCGAUGAGGACACCUGCACCUUCCAUAUUUACGGAGAGGACCAGGAUGCAGUGAAAAAAGCACGAAGCUUUCUUGAGUUUGCUGAGGAUGUUAUCCAAGUUCCCAGAAACUUAGUAGGCAAAGUAAUUGGAAAAAAUGGAAAGCUAAUUCAGGAAAUUGUGGACAAGUCAGGAGUUGUGAGAGUCAGAAUUGAAGCCGAAAAUGAGAAAAAUGUUCCACAAGAAGAGGAAAUUAUGCCACCAAAUUCCCUACCUUCCACUAAUUCAAGGGUUGGACCAUCUCCCUCAGAAGAGAAAAAGCAUACAGACACAAAGGAAAACAGUGCCCAUUUUUCUCAGUCUAACAGCACAAAAGUACAGAGGGUGUUAGUGGUUUCACCAAUUGUAGCAGGGGAAUCCCAGAAACCUGAACUCAAGGCUUGGCAGGGCAUGGUACCAUUUGUUUUUGUGGGAACUAAGGACAGCAUCGCUAAUGCUACCGUUCUUUUAGAUUACCACCUGAACUAUUUAAAGGAAGUAGACCAGUUGCGUUUGGAGAGAUUACAAAUUGAUGAGCAGUUGCGCCAGAUUGGAGCUAGUUCUAGACCACCACCAAAUCGUACAGAUAAGGAAAAAGGCUAUGUGACUGAUGAUGGUCCAGGACUGGGUCGAGGUAGUAGACCUUACAGAAAUAGGGGGCACGGCAGACGCGGUCCCGGAUAUGCUUCAGGAACUAAUUCUGAAGCAUCAAAUGCUUCUGAAACAGAAUCUGACCACAGAGAUGAACUCAGUGAUUGGUCAUUAGCUCCAACAGAGGAAGAAAGGGAGAACUUCCUGCGCAGAGGAGACGGCCGAAGACGCGGAGGUGGCGGAAGAGGACAGGGAGGAGGACGAGGCCGAGGAGGCAGCUUCAAAGGGAACGAAGACCACACUCGCACCGAUAACCGCCCGCGGAACCUGCGAGAUGCUAAAGGAAGGACAGCGGACGGGUCGCUUCAGAUCAGAGUUGACUGCAAUAAUGAAAGGAGUGUCCACACUAAAACAUUACAGAAUACCUCCAGUGAAGGUAGCCGGCUGCGCACGGGCAAAGAUCGCAACCAGAAGAAGGAAAAGCCAGACGCCGUGGACGGGCAGCAACCACUUGUGAACGGAGUCCCCUAAACUGCAUAAUCCUGAAGUUAUAUUUCCAAUACAUUUCCGGAAUUCUUCCAUAUUAGAAAACUUUGUUAGGCCAAAGACAAAUAGUAGGCAAGAUGGCACAGGGCAUGAAAUGAACACAAAUCCGUUAAGAAUGUUCCCUUUUUUUGGUAUUGGCCAUAAGCAACAAUUUCCAGAUCGCACAAAAAGAUAACCUUGAAAAUUUUAAAGCAUACUCAGCACCUCACAGCAGAAUUUCAGUUUGUUUUCUUUUCUGAAGUACUGAGCAGUGAUAUUCCUUGUUAAUUUGGACUCCUCCUGCAUUGGGUGAUAAGUCACCAGAACAUCUCACUUUUUCUAAAUAUUUAUCAUGAUCAGACUUCGGUUGUCGAUCUCAUAUAGAAGUCUUCCAUGAAAUACUAUGCCAUUUCAUGUCCUCUGUCAGUUUCUGUUUCGGUCCACUUUUUCAGUAUUUUAGUGGACCCUGGGAUGUAUGUGACGUGACAUUUGUCAUUUUCAUUAGCAAAAAACUAAAAAAAGUUGUAUGAUCUGUGCCUUUUUUAUAUCUUGGCAGGUAGGAAUAUUAUAUUUGGAUGCAGAGUUCAGGGAAGAUAAGUUGGAAACACUAAAUGUUAAAGAUGUAGCAAACCCUGUCAAACAUUAGUACUUUAUAGAGAAAUGCAUGCUUUCCGUAUUCUUUUCCUUAACAUAACAUCAGGUUAGGCAGUGUGAAGAAUAGGACUUGUUUUUGUUUUCGUUUCGUUGCACUGAAGUUUGACAAAUAGUGUUAUUGAGAAAGAUGUGUCAUUUUUCUGUAUAGACAGGAGAAGAAAUAAUUAUCUUUUCAUUGGAGAGAGGCUAAACUGUUUCGGCGGGGAACGAAUCUUCCUGGCUGAAAGUUGGUAGGGUAUGCCUGCUCUUUGGCCUGAUGACCAGUUUUAACUUAGAGCCUUUAUUUUGUCCUCCCCAAGUUUUGUGAAGUUUUUCAUUUUUUUCAUUUCAAAUUGAUUUUGGGGAGAUAGGAAGGUCAUUUUCAUGUGUGCAUAAUAAUCCUGUGAAGUACAGGUGCUUUGUGUAAGAAACAUUGGGAGCAGGUAAUAAACGUUCUGUAAACUUGGAAGUACUAGGUCUAAUGUAUAAGCAGAAUUGGAAAGCAGACUGGGAUUGACAAAUACUUUUCCACCCCUCAAAUUUUUUUUGAUGCGUUGGGUUCAGAUUAUUUUGGCUUUUGUUUUCAAAAAAGAAAAUUUACCGAGGAAAGUUACGUGAAGGACCUUCACUCUCUAAGAUGUUAUAUUUUUCUUAACAAAUAACUCCCGGGGUACCACUGAAUCUGCACAGAGCCGUACAAACCGAAGUUCUGCCUCUGAUGUAUUUUGUAAGUUUCUCUGAGUUUUCAUUUUACAGUUACAUUUCCUUGCAUACAAACAAGCAUAAAAAAGGGCAACAAGCUGCACACGAUUCCAAGAAUAUUAAAAAGUCUUAAAAGUAUUGCCAAACAUUAAUGUUGAUUUCUAGUUAUUUAUUCUGGGAAUGUAUAGUAUUUGAAACAGAAAUUGGUACCUUGCACACACAUCAUCUGUAAGCUGUUUGGUUUAAAAUACUGUAGAUAAUUAACCAAGGUAGAAUGACCUUGUAAUGUAACUGCUCUUGGGCAAUAUUCUCUGUACAUAUUAGCGACAACAGAUUGGAUUUUAUGUUAACAUUUGUUUGGUUAUAGUGCAAUAUAUUUUGUAUGCAAGCAGUUUCAAUAAAGUUUGAUCUUCCUCUGCUACAUUGAUGUUGAUGCAAUCCUUACAAAUGAUUGCUUUGAAAAAAAUUAAGGUAGACGAAAUCUAUAGAAAGUGUUCUGUUACAAAAGUAACUGUUACCAUUGGAAAUUACACUUGUAAUAGGAAGUUAGCUGAUAUUACCAACUUUGAAAACUUGAUCAUAUUUAAUAAGGUGAGAAAUCUAAAAUGGUACAAAAGCACAUUGUACCAUUACAAUAUGCACUAAGUCUCUUUUUUUACAAAGGCUGAAUUCAGCAAGGCGCUAACUUGCUUAAAUGUGAAUUACUAACUUCUAAAACUGUAAUUUGAUUCACGUUUUCAAAUGGAGUUGGAGUUGAUUCAUAUUGCAAUAUUUGUGUACUAAACGUGUAUGUUUUUCAGUUCAAAGUCAUGUUUUUAAAAUCUUAUUAAAGUUUCGAAAAUCUAAA